CUUUAACUUUAGAAAAUAGAUGUCUUACUCAUACGAGGACAACUUCAAAAACAUGUACUCUUAAACAUCACAAAACAGGUGUCGUCAACCGUAUUACACAAUUGUUUUUAAACAGUAGUCUGUAAAUAUAUCAGACAGCUGCUCGGAAGACUACUAAAACUAGGACAAUUAGACUACUAAAAAGAACAGUUGUCAACAUCUGUUUUUGACGUAGUGCCAUCACCUUCUCCAAGAUCAAGCAUCUCAAGACUACCAUGGAGAUUUGGCAAGGUCUUGGGAAGCUGUGUGAGGGAUCGGAGGACCUGAGAAAGCAGAAGAUAGAGGUCCUACUUGAGAAGUUGAAAAGCUUCAAAAUGCUUCCCGGAGAAUCAUUUGAUAUGUUGGAUGAAAGAUUCCACAAAAUCUUAAAUGAUCUUGCAUCACUUAACCACAUUCUUUCUCCCAAAGAAAAGAAUGUAAGGUUACUGAGAUCUCUUCCAACUGAGUGGUACACCAAUGCCACAACCAUGGAAGAAGGAAGAAACCUGGAGAACUACACUCUCCAAGGUCUCCUUGAUGAGCUCAGAACCUAUGAGCAUGAGCUGAUGAAGAAGAAGGAAGAACAAGUCACUCCCUUCCCCACGGCAUUGUUGACAACUCCCAGAGUCCCACCAAAAGAUGACACCCUCUGCCUAAUGGCCAAAGAUGAUGUUGAUCAAGAGGUAACUUCACAAACCUCCUGUUCAUCUUCUUAUGAAAGCAUACCAACUUCUGAAAGUCUUUUUGACAAGUUCAAAAUGAUGAUGGAAGAUUUUGAGAAAAUAAAUCUCAAACACUCAUCCUUAACAGAGGAGAACAAGCUAUUGAGUGAAGAGAAUCUCAAGUUGACUAAAGGUCGGAAAAGUCAACCUGAUGAGAUCACUCAACUCAAGACUGAAAAUGAAUCUCUCUCUGAAAAGUUGAAAUCCCUCAACAAGGAGCUAGGGAUACUUAAGUCCAAAAGGAAAGGGAGAACAACCUUCAUCCCUCCUAAACCUACUGCCAAACACAAUAAGCAGAAAGGGAAGGAGAAAGAGAAAUCCAGAGAAGUUCCCAAAAAGAAAUUGGAAGCGAAAUGCUCUUCACAAACAUUCUACCAAUCCUAUCUGGAGAUGAUUGCUGCUCAAGAACUCUCCGGAUUCCUUCAUAUGGAGAUUCGAUUCAAGUAUGAGAACAAAGUUCUUGAAUUCUACAAGAACGGAAAGGUCAAGACUGUCCAAUCGAAGAAGAGUCCACAGAGAACGAUUCAAAUUAUCAAGUCCACUGUUGGAGGGGCUAAAGUGAAAAUUUCGCAGAAGAAAUUGAAGGAGAAACUUCAUCUUCCCAAUACUGGAAGUGAAAUUGGGAGACUUCCGACCAAGAAUCUGGAUUGGAAGACUAUUGGGAUUUCUGGGCAAAUCCCCUCUGGCCCAACGAAGAAAUCAGAUUUGAAGAAUGAUUACAAGUUAGUCCUGGAACUGGUCAUCGCAUGCUUUGAAUGUGGUAGUGGAGGACAUGCUAAUGACAUCACUCAAGAAAGUGCCUUCAUCAUCAACGCCCUCAUUACCAAAUCUAAGAGAGCUUGGAAGGUUGGAAACUCAGCAGAGCAGUUGUUGAGAUGGGACCAACAACUAAAAAAUGAGAAGAUCAUCAAGAAAUGCCUGGGUCUGCCAGUCAACUAUUGCUGUGAGCAAAUUCUGGAUGUUGACUGGGUGUGGCAAAGAAACUAUGAGGAUUUACAUCUAGAACACUUGGCAACCUCACCAAUCUCUGAAUUUGAAGCUGAUGAUGAGGAUCCUUCAGUCUACAAGCCAAUCUUUUCAAAGGAAACAGAAGAUCAGAUGACUCUCACCAUUGAAGCACAGGUUAACAUGGAAGCCAUAGCGGAGGACUUCCAAGUCUUUCUAGAAAACUUCCUUGCCUUUGAAACUGUUCUGCCUGAAGCUGUCCGGGAGAAUGCAGCUUCUCCCCAACAAGAACAGUCUCAAACAACAUCAGAGGAAGAACUUCUUCAACUCCUCCAAUCUCACGUUCAAGAGAUUCUCACAACUCCUUGUGAGAUCUCCAAUCAACCUGAACUUGAGAUUCCGGAGAAGUCAGAAGAAAAUCUGGAGAAGUCCACUCCUCCAGAAACAAAUGAAGUCCAAGAAGAUCAAGUUGUAGAAGUCCAAAGGAGUUCUGCAGAAGCUGAAAAGGAAGCUCAAAUGGGUGGACUGGAGACCUCUGAAACUCCAGAUGCUAUCUUUGAGCAAAACAUUGGAGAAGAAGAAAGAGAUUCCCUCUCUAGGGAUAUCUCAAACUUUGUGCUUAAUGAGACAGAAGAAGAGUCUGAGAAAACCCUGAAGAUUGAUGAUGAACAAGCUGAGCAAGGAGAUGUUGAAUCCCUCCCCCUGCAACUCUUCCACAGAGCACCAUCUUCUCAUCAGGUAGUAAUCCAAGACUACUUGAAGGUUAUUGCUGAAAAUCAGAAGGAAGCAUUCAGGCUGUUCAGGCACUUUGGAACCUACACUCGCAAUCGCAAGAUAGAUGUAAUUGUCCAACACAAUAGUCCAUCCCUAAUUCCACAACUGCCUAUUGAAGUCAAGAAAGGAGAGCUCACUUACAUUCCAUCCCAUCUGAACAUGACGGAACUGAUACUGGAAGCCCAGCAGAGCAAUCCGGAGAACUCAACUCAACAUCUAACAGACUCUAGCCUUGAUGGAUCAGAAGUUGUUGGAACCAUUGCCUCCCACUUCUCAUAUGAUGCACAAACAAAGGAGAGAUACAACAAUCUCAGGCACAUCAAAGAACAGUGUGGAAUUAUACAAGGCAUUGGUGAGACUGCCGAAUCAUCAAAGCGCAUGAAGCAGUGAAGGCUCUUUUCAUCAAACCAGGGGGAAGUAUAUGAAAACAUUAUUUGGUUUUGAUGAAAACACCUUCUUGUUUAAACAUGAGUUUUGGUUUAAACAUUGCUUAAUAGUUCUCUUAAUUAUGCUUAUUUUGCUUGAUCAUAUUCAUUUUAAGUGUGAUUCUUGAAAUUUAUCUUUAAGCGCAUACAUUCAGGGGGAAUGUAAUUCAGGGGGAACUUAACUGUUUUUGGCUAACAAUUGCUUCAAUUGUUUUUGGCAAUGAACUAUUGAUAAACUC